GCGCCAGGAGCACCGCCCACUCGCCCGCCGCAGCGCCGAGACGCCGCCAUGCCGCCGCCGGGUAGCCUGGACGGGGAUGAGGCGCCGAAGGGCUCCGCGGCCCGGCCUGCCUCCGCUGGCGGCGCGGCUGCUGCUGGUGCGGCGAGCCCGCGCCCCUCCGCGCUCGCUGGCGGCGGGCUUGCCGGAGUGUCCCACGCGAGACACCCGCGGCUCAACGCGAGGACGACCUCCGCGGUCCCCUCGGCAGCGCCCGGCGGGGAGCCCGCCGGCGGCAGCCCCAGCGGCCUCCUGAAGCUGCCGGGGGCAGGUGUGCCUGGCACGGGCACGGCCGCGCCCCGCCGCUUUCCGCGCCUCGGUGCCGGCGCAGCGCCCCCGCCCCGCCACAGCUGGCCAGCUCUGGUCAGCCCACGCUCUCCCGGCUCUCGCCAUGGCUGCCGCCGCUCCGGGCUUCUCUGGCGGCGCGCGGCGGCGCCUCGCCGCUCGCGCCACCUCAGCAGCUGGCCCGUUCGCAGCCCUCGGCUGCUGCCCGCCGUGGCGUCGCAGCCGUCAACUUGCUGCGGUCCUGCAGCCCAGCCACCAGCAGCUCAGCUCGGAGGCGGAGAUCCGCCCGGCGGGCUUUCGCCCAAGGUGCCCGGGCGCUCCGUCGGCUUCGUGGUGCGAUGAGCCUUGCAGCGCAGCCUGCCGCCUCAGCCCGCCGCCGCGGCGAAGAGCAACACGCUCAUGCCGCCCGGCGCCGCGGCCGGGGCGGCGGCCGGGGGGCACAGCAAGUUCCAGCAGGUGGCGCGGAGUUCUAUGCUGGGCGUGCGGACCACCACGGCCCUCGGCACCUCCUUCUUCCUGGAGAAGCAGGCCGUGGUCAUCGACUUCGGUGGCCUGUGCACGAAGGUCGGCUUCGCCACGGAGAGCCGGCCAAGGCACAUCGUGUCCACCCCGCAGCUCCGCGUGGCCCCGCCCCCCGGCCGGGGCGUCACGAGCGGCCCCUCGGAGGAGCAGUGGGUGGAGAUCCUGGACAGGCUGCUGUCGCAGAUCUACUUUCACUACCUCAGCGUGAAUCCAAAGGAGCGACGAGUAGUGAUAUGUGACCCUGUCAAUCAAGCUGUUCCGACACGCUCUCACUUUCGUGCUCUUCAAGCGGCUUUCGGUGCCUUCGGUGGCCUUCGUCUGCGACCUGACGUUGCCGCUCUACCUGACGGGCUUGAGCACGGGGACCCGACCCGCUUCGAGUCCACCCGCCUCCUGGCCACUUUCGCAGGCGUGCCCGUCAUCUCUGCCUUCAGCACCGCCAGGGGAGGCGGCCGCCUCAUCGGCGCCAGGCUGCGGAGGAGGCUGCUGUCCGAGCUGCCCGCGGGCGCGCCCUCCCAGGAGUGGCUGGACAACCCCUGGGAGCUGCAAGACCUUGUGGCGCGCACCUGCUACGUGGCCUGCGACAUCUCGGCGCAGGGCGACGACGACGAGGAUGGACCCCGUGACCCUGCGGCUGAAGACGGACAAACCGGCCGUCUACGCCACCUCGGGCGGCGCCACGGUCACGGUUCCAGCGCUGGCGCGGUGGCAGGCGGCGGAGGUGCUCUUCAGGGAGGACGCCGCGGACGCCGACGCGGGGGAGGAGGGACCAGGGGACAGUGCUCUGCCCCCGGUCGCAGAGGAGGACGCCGACAGCGGCGACUUCUCGAACUGCGCCAGCGUGCCUGAGGCCUUCGCCCAGCUCCUCGAGCGGUGCCCCAUCGACGUGCGCGCCGCGGGGGUGCAGAACAUCGUGAUCUGCGGCGGCUGCGCCGCGCUGCGGGGCCUGCUGCCGCGGCUCGCCGACGAGAUGCAGGCGGAGCUGAGGCGCAGACCCAGCACGAGGUCGCUGGCGGGCCGGCUCCGCUUCACGCCGCUGGACUUCCACCCGACGUGCGCCGUCUGGACCGACCGGAGGGGCGGUGUGGGGUUCCAUGGAGGGCUCGCGCGACUACACCGCGAAGGAGUACGCCGAGGACGAGCCGCUGCCGGACUGGGCGAGGGACCGACGGGUUCAUCUGACGCCCCGGCGGGGAGCCCGCCCGGCCUGCGAGCCACGCCGGAGAAAUUUGGCCGCUCCACCUUCCGGGCCCCAAGGCAAGCAGGGGUCAGCCAGAGCGCCGGAUCUUGCAGGAUCCUGCCACGCCAGGGUUGCAUUGACCCAGGUUUGGGUCCUGGAUCCUGCGGGAUCCUGCAGGAUCUUCCAGUAUUUUGUG